CAUUAUCAGAAAUAUGCAAGCGAGUUCAGAACUAUCUCAGUCUCCGAGUUUUGCUCGUACUAAUCUCACAGAAAUUGCUGCUAGAGUUGUAGAAGAAUUCACAGCUGAAAAUGAAAUUGACUCCGAAUUUUCCUUUAAUGAUGAUGACUACAAUGAGAACGAUGAAAAUCAAGUACAUAAACAUGAUGAUGAAGAUGAUUCUGAAUUUGCUUUUGUUACGGCAGGAUCUGAUCAAUUUUCGCCUAUUUCUGCUGAUGAAAUCUUCUACAACGGUCAGAUCCGUCCAAUUUUCAACAGAGAUUUAUCGUUAAACGAUACCGGUUAUAGUAAUUCGGAGAAAGUUUCGACUCCGACGAAGUCAAAUCGAGUUUCGUUAAGGAAGCUUUUUACCAAAGAUCGUGAAAUUGCGUCGUCGUCUUCCUCGUCGGAAGUCGACGAUUUAGAAGGAAUUGCUCCGGGAACAUACUGCGUGUGGAGGCCGAAAUCGGCGGAAGAGCCUCCAUGUGAAUUGCGUAAGAAGAGCAACUCCACUGGCUCCUCUUCUAAGCGGUGGAAGUUACGUGACUUCAUUCACCGGAGUAACAGUGACGGUAAGGAAAUUUUCGUGUUUUUGACAACUCCGUUCAAAAAACGAGAAGAGAAAACAGAGAUUACAAGGACUGACUCUGGUAAAAUCACCGGAAAAGUUCCCGCCGUUGAAGAUUUUCCGGCGUUGCGUUGCGCGAUAAACGGAAAAGAUAAACGGAAGUCAUACUUACCGUACAGGCAAGAUUUGGUAAGCUUUUUGGGUAAUGUGAAUGGGUUAAAUCGGAAUUUACAGCAUUUCUGAGGCUAAUUACAGUGAACGGAAUCUUCAGAUAAUUAAAUAGUUAAUCAGUGAUUAAGCAUGUGUACAUAA